CCCUCUUGCCUCCAGCCUCCUCUGCCGGCGUCCUUCAGGUCAGACAGCCCAAGCAGCAGCAGUAGUAUCUCAGAGACGCCGUGAUGGUGAAGAAGGUUGUGGUGAAGGCAGUGGGAGGAUUGGAACAACUGCAGCUGGCAGGCAAGAGCACCGCCUUGCUUUCGGCGCCUCUACCUGUGAUCCACGCUGCUCUGUUCUGUUCUCUCCUCGAUCUCAGAUAUAACAACAAAGGAGAACAUGACUUAAUUCUGCAUCCUCAGUCCUUGCUCGUGACUCCUACUCUUGUCGCGGCAAAUUCAGGAUAUUACUGAAGUUACAGUUUCUAGGGUACAGAACGCGCCACUGCAAGACGUCAACAGUGUAUCUUCUUGUCUACUUAAAGACCAUCUACGGAACAGCCAGUGUGUCUCGAAUGCAGAGUAAGCUACUUCAGUGCAGCUACAGUAUGUUUUUUUGAUGCAGAACAAGCCACAACAAUAACUACAGUGUCUUAUAAAUACAGAACAUGUCACUACAGGAGAACUGCAGUAUAUCUUAAACGCACAACAAGCCGCUACAGGAUAUAUGCAGCACUUCAUGUUGUUUGCUUUAAGAGCCACUACAGUACAGCUGCAGUGUCUCAUAAAUACAGAGCAAGGCACAAGAAGAUACACAGCAUCUCAUGUCCACUGACUCAGCUACUACAAGACUUGAAGGUUCUGUCAAAUUAGGCUCUUAGAUUAUUCUUAUGUGCCAACCUUGUAUGUUAUUAUUAUGAACCUUGUAGUGAACUCACCAUCACCUCAUCACUUAUUGACUUAGACUAGACGAGUGGAAACGGAAACACUCACCACGUCUCCAUUCCUCGACCUAUCGUCCCACCUUUGCCUUCAUCAUGUUGUACUUAGAGGACUUCCUGGAGGUGAUAGAGCAGAUCCCACAGGAGAUCCGGGACCGCACAACAGAUCUGCGAGAGCUGGACCUUGGCAUCCAGAACACGUCAGACCAACUGGAGGAGCAGAUUAAGACUUUCUUUGGGAAUGCCAGGAAGAUGAAGCCACAGGAACGGGACGCUGAGUAUGAGAAAAUCCGCAAGGAGUACUACCGGCUGCUGGACGAUGCCGAUGAGAAGGUGAGCAUCGCCACCAACAUGCAUGACCUGUUGGAGCGCUAUGUGAGGAAGCUGGACCAAGAGCUGGAAAAAUUCAAGUGUGAGCUGGAGGCUGACAGCCCCGGGGUCACCGAAUUGCUAGAGAAGCGCUCUCUGGAACUCGACGAACCCAUCCGGGACAGCCAGAAGGAAAACCGCUGCUACGUCUCUGCAAACUCAUCAUCCUCUGCCUCUCGGACUGCAGACCGCCGCCAGUCCUCUGCUGCCAAUGCUGCCGCUGCUGCAGCUGCUGCUGCGGCUGCCGCUGCUGCUGCAGCUGCUGCUGCUGCUGCCGCUGCUACUACUGCCCCAGUGAAGAAAGAGGAGAGAAUGGAACCAGCUGCCUUGCCCACUUCAAUGGCUGUCUCCCCGCCCCCUCCUCCGUCUGCCAUAUCCUACACCCUGGGUCACAUGGGAGCAGGGAGCAAUGCCAUAGCAGCUGCUGCCUCCCAAGCCAUUGCUGCCACCCAGCAGAUGCAGCAGGGUCGUCGCACUGCCAGCCUGAAAGCCUCUUAUGAUGCUAUCACUUCCGGAGUGACAGAAUUUUCUAUAGGUAGUGAGCUGGCUAACGCUGCCCAGACAGCUCUUGCAGCCUCUGCUCUGCCCCAGGAAGCCGCCUCCACUACAACAGGAACUGCUGGUAGUUCUUCAGGUUCCAGCAAUAAAAAGCAGAAGAAAAAACACAACCCUGUCAGCAACAUCCCUGCUGCCCCACCUAUGGAGGCCUCCCCUGCCCCCUCAGAUGACCACCUGCACGACGCCUUACUUGACCCCAAUGCCGAGAACCCAGACUGGACCUAUGACCCCAAUGAGCCCAGGUACUGCAUCUGCAACCAGGUGUCUUAUGGGGACAUGGUGGCCUGUGACAACCCUAAGUGUCCUGUGGAGUGGUUCCACUACCCCUGUGUGGGCAUCACUGCACCCCCAAAAGGAAAGUGGUACUGCCCUCAGUGUGCUGCGGCUAUGAACCGCCGGGCAAGAAAGUGAGGCAGGGACAGUAGCAGCCAGAGUGACUGUGAGGUGACUUGGUGUGUAAUGUUUAAGGGACAUGUACAUAAGUAUUUUUGCAUGAAGGAUGUGUACAUAGGUAAUAUUAUAUAUAUUGAGUGUUACAAAUGUCACUGAGAUGUAAAGAUUUUAAAAUUGUCCGUAGACUCCAUAUGCAUUGACAGAGGCAGUUAAAUGGAAGAGGAAAGGAAAUACUUCCCUCAAGGCUUUUAUACUCCAAUGAAUCAGGAAGAGACCAAGACUGUAUUUAUGAACUAUUUUUCACUUUUAUGUUUUAGUUUAUAUGUUCAGCUUUUCUUGGGUGUUGUCUGAUUUAAGUAUGAAGAGGAAAGCAUGUAGUAUAAUAAAUAGUUUUAGGAAGUGGAAGGAAUUCUGUGAGUGUUUAAAAUUUGUUGUCUCAUUUUAUGAAAAGGAUUAAGAAGGAUUAAUUGAAGACGUGUGUGGUAAAACUGAAAGAUGACCUACUUCACUCGUACAAUGGUAAUGGUGCUAAGGAGUGUGUUUAUACUGAUGGAAGAGUUCUAGGUAUUAUUCUUAUCUCAACCAUAGUGCAAAAGAAUCCCACUGAAAUGCAAGACUUGGUAAAGAAAUAAUUUUUCAAUGUAUACUUGGAGUGUGUGUGUGUGUGUGUGUGUGUGUGUGUGUGUGUGUGUGUGUGUGUGUGUGUGUGUAUUAUAUGUAUGGCCUGUGAUGAUCAGCUGUAUCAUUCUAUAUUUCUUCCACUUUAUUCAUUACUGAUAUGUGUAAACAAAACAAGGCAAUACUUAUAGGUUUUAUACAUGAAUUUCCUACUUUUUACUCUUUAUAUUUUCAUGAUUCACAUUGUAGUGCUGUCUGGUAAGAGGGAUCUACUUUUGUAUGUUGUUGUCUAUGUACAUUUCUGUUAAAAGGAUUUAAUUACUUUCUCGUGUUGAGUUGCUUUCAAUAUUUUAACUUACAAUCAAUUUCUGUGUCUGGAUUUGUUCUGAAUUUGGAGUCAGUGUUAAGCUCAGGCAUGAAAUGUGUUUAGAAUUCUCUUCCAGAUCACAGAAUUGGGUCUCGGUAGUAGUUUUCCUAAGUAUGAUGUAUAACUCCUGCUUGCUGCAGUAGUUUAUGCUGCUUGGUAUUAAAAGUGUUGGAAUUUUUCUCAGAGUUGAAAUUUUCAUAAAAGGCUAUAAACAAAAUAUUCUGGCGGUUCUGGUAAAAUAUGGAAGUGUUAACUAUGCCAUGCUUAGUUUGUCUGGUAACGUUUGGAUCCCACACUAAUGAAUUGGAGCUCUGUAGACUCAUAUGGGAACGACUUGAGGGCAUUAACCUGUAUACAUUUUUAUCACUGGCAUAGGUAUACAAGGCAUUAUUGUAUUUUUAAUGACUGAAGAGCCAAGUUAUUAUGUACUUUGUAGUAUUAGCGGUUGUGGAAAAUGUAAUAUACUACAAUGAAAUUCC